AUGCCCAAGCCAAAAAAGUCCGAUACCCAGGCCAAGCCCAGUAUCUCCACCCCAGACUGGCCUCCUCUCCGCCCGCUCCUCCCCGCCGCCGACUUAAGCCUCGAAGCCCUCGUCCCCGAUCAGAUCUAUUUGAUCCACAACUUCCUCCCCCGCUUCCUUAUGCAAGACAUACGCUUCUUUUCUCGCGUCCCUACCUAUGACUACGACGCCCGGGAAACCGAAGAAGGACGAGGCGAGUUGUUAUGGAGCGGGACAGCGAUGAAAGAACUCGCCACAACGCGAUUCGGUGAGGAUGAAUACGAUGAAUAUGACGAGGAUAGGACUGCUCCAUCGCCGGAAGAACUUGCACGGAGAGCACGAGAGGUCUGGGGCGGAGAGCCGUUAGGCUUGAAUCCUAAUAUCCGCAUCUAUCGAUACUCAGCGGGGCAGUUCUUUGCACAACAUUAUGACGAAUCUAAUGCACUGAACUUCCUUCCUUUGGGGGCGGCGAAGUCCAUGCCUGCGCGCACGACUUGGACCCUUCUUAUUUAUCUGACUACUUGCUCUGGCGGCGAGACGGUAUUUUUGCCGGAACCUACACGGGCUGAUCGCAACCCUGAGCCGAUAACUGUGGUGCCAGAGAUGGGAAUGGCGUUGUUCCAUCGACAUGGGGAUCAAUGCAUGCUGCAUGAAGGGAAAGAAGUGACGAAUGGGGAGAAGUGGGUGUUGCGUAGUGAUUUGGUUGUUUCAAGGUGA